AUGGUUCGAAAGGAUCCUAUUUUUGAAGCUCGCACGAAUGUCAAACUACAUUCAAAUCGUCUCAAGAAGGAGGCCGCACGAGCAGAGGCGACAUUCAAGUCCGAGAAAGCAAAAGCCGACAAGGCGAUGAAAAAUCGCGAGUUCCAAAUCGCCCGGAUCCACGCCUCCUCUGCCGUACGCGAAAAACGUCGACAGGUCAACUUGAAAGCGGAAGCAGCUCGUGCAGACGUCAUCAUAAACGAGCUGAAGGCCGCGCAGAGCACUCGAGAUACGUCAAGGACACUUGCAUUAGCCUCACGAGGAUUAGACGCCGCAUCUAAGAGUGUGAACCUUGAGACACUGGUUUCUCACGCAAACAACUUUCUCGCACGCUCCGAAGACUUCAAAAUUGCGAGCAGCGCUAUUGAAGACGUGGCUCAGGGUGUUUCGAUGCAAGAGUACGGGGCCGAGGGUGAAGCGGAUGUUGAUCGCCUAAUGGAGCAGCUGGCCGACGAUGCGGGCGUUGACAUGCGACUUGCCUUGGAGCAGGACUCUGCGCCCAAAGAGGAUGUGAAGGAACAGACGAAGGUUGACGCAGAUGUUGAGGAUGGCCUAGGUGCUAGACUGCGAGCCCUGCGGGCUGCCAACUGA